AUGUCGAAGCGCGACCUCCACAUUCAGCCGCGCAUGGUCAAGAAGGGCCCUUUCUCCGUCGAAGCCCCCGGUUAUGAACCUGUCGAAGGAGAGACCAUUCCUCGCCGCCACCCGGCAGCCAAGGAUGCCCUCAUCCUGCGCCCUUCCGAGGAUGUUGCGACCACCUAUGACAACUUUCGCCGCUCUGCCCGUCUGUUCGGUAACAACAAGGCCGUUGCUACUCGCAAGCUGAUCAAGGUUCACGUCGAGAACAAGAAGAUCAAGAAGGUGAUCGAUGGCGUGGAGCAAGAGGUUGACAAGAACUGGUCCUACUUUGAGAAGAGUGGCUACGUCUUCAAGUCUUUCCUUGAAUACGAACAACUCUGCCUCCAGCUCGGCGCCGGUCUGCGCAACCUGGGCCUGGAGAAGGACGGUCGAAUUCACCUCUACGGCGCGACGAGUGCACACUGGCUGGCCAUGUCACACGGCGCUGCUUCCCAAUCCAUCACUAUCGUCACUGCCUAUGAUACCCUCGGCGAAGAGGGCCUGAAGCACUCUCUGGUCCAAACUUCCAGCACUGCCAUCUUCCUCGACCCAGGCUUGAUCAAGCCCCUGUCCAACAUCCUGAAGGAUAUCCCGUCCAUCAAGCACAUUAUCUAUAACACCGACGACGACGUCAAGCAGGAGGACCUGGACAAGCUGAAAAAUGACUUCAGCCACAUCAACGUGCUGAGCAUUGAGGAGCUGCGCAAGCAGGGUGAAGAGAACCUGGUGGACCCCGUUCCUCCCAAGCCCGAGGACCUGUGCUGUAUCAUGUACACUUCCGGCUCGACCGGUCCGCCAAAGGGUGUUUCCUUGACCCAGGCCAACGUAAUCGCUGCGACUGCCGGUGUCAACGAGAUUGUCGGUCCUUAUAUCAAUCACAACGACUCUCUCCUCACAUACCUCCCGCAAGCUCACAUCCUCGAGUUCAUGUUUGAGAACCUCUGUUUGUUCUGGGGUGGAUGCAUGGGAUACGGCAACCCUCGGACUCUCUCGGAUGCCUCGAUGCGGAACUGCAAGGGUGAUAUUCGCGAAUUCAAGCCCACCAUUCUGGUCGGUGUUCCCGCUGUGUGGGAGACCGUGAAGAAGGGCGUUCUGAACAACCUGAACAAGAACAGCUUCAUCAUCAAGGGUAUGUUCUGGGGUGCCAUGGCCGCCAAGAACUUCCUUCUCACUAACGGCUUCCCCGGUGCCACCUUCGGUAGCUCGCUUCUGGACGCAGUUGUCUUCAAGAAGCUGAAGGAGGCUACCGGUGGGCACCUUCGCAUCAUGAUGAACGGUGGUGGUCCCAUCUCUAAGGACACGCAACGAUUCUUGUCCAUGGCUAUUGCUCCCAUGAUCAGUGGUUAUGGUCUCACCGAGACCUCUGCUAUGGGUGCCCUGAACGACCCCUUGGCUUGGAACCCCAACGCUCUUGGAGAUAUCCCUGCUUCCAUUGAGGUUAAGUUGGUGGACUUCCCCGAUGCCGGAUACUUCACAAAGAAUACCCCUGCUCAAGGUGAAAUCUUCAUUCGAGGUGGCAGUGUGACUUCUGGCUACUUUGACAACGACGAGGAGACUAAGGCUGCUCUGACCGAGGACGGUUGGUUCAUGACUGGUGACAUUGGAGAGUUCGACUCCAACGGCCACCUGAACAUCAUUGAUCGCAAGAAGAACCUGGUCAAGACCUUGAACGGCGAGUACAUUGCUCUUGAGAAGCUCGAGUCGGUCUACCGCUCAUGCCCCGUUGUUCAAAAUAUCUGUGUCUACGCCGCUGAGGAUCAGGACAAGCCUGUCGCCAUUAUCGUGCCCCUAGAGGCUGCCACUAAGAAGAUUGCCAGUGAAAACGGUAUCGCUGGGGACAACAUUGAGGACCUCGUGCACAACGAGAAAUUGCAACGCCUUGUUCUGCAACAGCUCCAGAGCUCCGGCCGUGCCGGUGGCCUGCGGGGUAUCGAGAUCAUCGGUGGUGUUGUGUUGUCCGACGAGGAGUGGACUCCUCAGAACGGCUUCAUGACUGCGGCCCAGAAGCUUCAGCGCAAGAAGAUCGUUCACAAGUACCAGGCCCAGGUUGACAAGGCCUACGGCAAGAAAUAA